AUGAAGGUCAGCCAGUCAAGGGAAGAUACUGACAAGAGGCUCAAGUUUACCAAGGACGGGGAGACUCGCGAUGUUUCUGUGAGCUUCGACCAGGAUCAAGGAGGAUUUGUCUGUAAGUGUGCUGACGGAACCACUUGGCCCAUCAAGGAGGCGCUGACUUACUUACAUUUUGGAGAUGUGGAGCCCAUACAGACCGUAACUGACGACGCGAUAUCCAGGAUGUCGUACCAUGCGAUAAUGGAGAUAGACGAUGAUAACCAUCGCAGGUUUUCGGCCGAUCGCAUUGAGAAGGGACCGCCUUGCCGAUUCUAUCGUAAAUUCGGCGAAGAUCGGUUCUUGAGGGUGACCAUUUGUACGAAUUCACGUGGAGACGGUGCUCCUGAAGCCAAGCGCUUGAGCAAACAGAUGCUGAAACGACACCUACAGCCAUUCUCAUGGUGUGGUCGCUGGUGGUCUUAUUUCACAAGCAAGGUGCGUAAGCAGGACAAGCGAUAUCGGAAGGACCCUGGUGCUAAGCGAGAAAUGCAGCACAUUUUCUUCGCGACUCGCAGCUGGGAACCUGACGAGGAGAAGGAACAAACGGCAAAGGAGCACGUGCGUGCUUUCUGGAAUGAUCGCACCCCCUCCAUGAACCUAGGGAAAUGCACAUGGUCGGUGCAGACGGUAUACAGAACUCACAUCCCGGAGAUGGUCAAAAGCAGCUGCUGUCCAACUUGUAAACAGCACUUCCUCUGCCGCAAGCCAAACAGAACUUGGUGGAACGAGACGGAUCUGCAGAAGAAGGGCAAGUAUAUGAAGCGCCUAGAUCUGGGUUUUACCGCAGCGACCCCGACUAUCCAAUUUGACAGCUGCCACAUCUAUGAGGAGGACGACCUUCGGAGCUCCUCUGGCGCGGUGCUCACGGAUGGCUGCGGACGACUGGGCCUAGACGCAGCAGAGGCGAUCAGCCAGAAGCUUGGCUUGGACUUCAUCCCGGCCGUGUUCCAGGGCCGCAUCGGAAGCUGCAAAGGCCUGUGGAUCGUGGACACAGCUCUGGCCGACUCGCACGGGAUCGAGAUGAGAGACAGCAUGACGAAGUGGCUCAUGGACUGGGCGGACAAAAACUUAGACAAGGAGGAUCGUACCUUCGAGGUCCGUGCCUACUCGAAAUUCUGCGCCGACUCAGCGUUGCUAAACGGACAGCUGAUUGCCGUUCUGGAAAGCGGCGGCGUGCCGGCUGAAGUCUUCGUGCAGUUGCAAAAGGAUCACCUGGAUGCUUUUGCGGCGAAGAGGUUUGGCGGUGACACUUCCAGUGUAGCCCGGACGAUUACCAAUCCCCAAGAUGGCAAGUCUGGUUUGGUCGUGGACAUGUGCAACGCCAACUACAACCCAAGGCUGGACCCCUACGGCAUGAAGUGGCUGGUGGAAUACAACUAUGGCGCCGUGAAGGAGUUGGCCGAGCGUCCCAACUACGAGUGCAAGCAGGCCUGGCGGGCCUUUAUCGCACCCGACUUCUCACAAGAGCUACGCCCGUUGGAAGGUAUCUUCCGUAUAAACGGCUCCAAAAAGGGAUACGUAUCUGGAGACGUUGUGGUUGCGCGCAGCCCUUGCACGGCGCCUUGGGACGUGCAGAAGAUUCGACUCCUCUCCCACGCCGAGAUCAUACGGAGGUUCGGUACACUGGGCCCCAGCUUCGUCCAUGACAAUGUGCUCAUCAUGUCGGCACACGCAGACUGCGAGAGGGCGCCGGCCGAGUACCUAGCGGGAGGCGAUUACGAUGGUGAUGAAGUGAUCAUCAUCGCAGAUGAGGACAUUGUCAAUGCCUUCGAGCCGACAAAAUACGACUACGAUAUCGACAAGAAGACGGAGAAAUUAGUGAGUCUUGUGGCGGAGAACCAGCGGACCAGACACCCACAUGAAGAUCCCACUGAAGUGUUCGACAUGGCCUGCCAGGCGGCAGCCUUUAUGUCCGAGUCUCUGUCUUUGGCCAGCCACUACGCGUAUCUCUGGGCCUGGUUCGCGGACUGGCCUGAAUACGGCGUGAAGGACCAUGUCACCGUUCAGCUGGGACUGAUCUACCAGCUGUCCCUGGACAACAAGCUACACGGCGAUCAGAAAGAAGUCUCGCAGUGCAUCCGCCAACAUUUGAGGCUGCCGAGCAAGAUUAGAGUCCCCGGAUGGCAUCCCGCGGCGGCGGCGGCAAGAAUCGAAGAGGGUCAGUACGCGGAGCAGUCUCAAUCGGCCUUGGGGAAGCUCGCCGCAAGGAUCACCUCGCGUGGUUCGAAGUUGCUUGAGCCACUCCGGGACAAGUGGCGGGAUCUCUAUGGGGGUCCAGUUUAUCAGAUGUUGAAUGACCAUUUUCGACGGCCAGCAUCUGUGCAGCUGGAUCAAGCUGCCUUCAUCUGUGGAGAUUUGGGUCACAUUCUGAAGUACAGCGACGAUGCCGAGAACGCUCUUCAGAAGUACUGCGACAUUCGGAGAAAUGGCGACUACCAAAGGCUUCCGCAGCACUGCCAAGAGUUCCGGUGCUACUGGCAGCAACACCUUCCAAACGAUAUUCAGCGAAGCCAGUUUGCUUAUGCGGUUUACCGAAAAAUGUACCAGAAAGCGGGGGAGUUGAUGCAGGCAGGAACGAUCGAAGCUGCAGAGAGCUACUUCGGAGCUGCCUGGGAUCUUUGUGGGGAAGACCUGCUGCGAUACUUUGCUACUGACGGAGCAUCCGUACCACUUGCUAAUGUCAGCCAGAAGGUGCUGAGAAAAAACCGGGGCUUUACGUAA